CCACCUCCACAACGGGCAGACCUCUCUACUCUGCCCCGGUAACCACUGCUGCUACACCCGCUGCAGGAAAGUCAAAUUAGACUCCAGAAGAUAAACACAAGAAACAACUCCGCCGACCUCGUGUUUUGUAGGGUCAGUAGCAGAGGAGUAGUCGGUGUUUCCGAGCAGUGUUUGUGCCGGGACUCACCUCCGUGUGAAGUGGUACAGUCCCGUUAGUCGCAGUCUGUUUGUCCUGUUAGCAGCAGCAGCAGUUUGCGGACAACGAGCACCAACAUGCGGAUAAACUGCACUUCACUAUAAAACGGACUCUAUAAUGAACUUUUACCGGCUGCUUAUUUUACUGGGAGCAUCGGUGUGUGUGUGUGAUGGUGUCCAUGUCACAGUGCGGGAGAAGCAGCGGUUUGCGAUGCUCUUCCAGUCCGUGGUCCUCCCGUGCCAGUACCAAACGGCCUCCACUCAGACCCCGGUGGUGCAGUGGUGGUACAAGUCCUACUGUCGAGACCGCACACGAGAGUCCUUCACCCUGCAGGAGAGUCUGGGCGUCAAGGCCUCAGAGCUGGGUGCCACGUCCCACCUUGAGUGCUCCGACAGCAGCCGCACAGUUCGGGUUGUGGCCUCGGCGCAGGGAGCCUCCAUGACGCUGGCUGAGCACUACAAAGGCCGAGACAUCGCCAUCGUAAACAAAGCAGACCUGCGUAUUGGGGAGCUGCAGUGGGGCGACAGUGGAGUGUACUUCUGUAAAGUCGUCAUUGCUGAUGAUCUGGAGGGGAAGAAUGAGGCCCAGCUGGAGUUACUGGUGCUCGGCAGGACAGGUCAGCAGGACGAUCUCCUACCUGAGUUUGAUGUGGAGAUUAUGCCAGAGUGGGCGUUUGUGGGAUCUGUAGUCCUGGGCAGCAUCUUGUUCCUGUUAUUGUUGGGGAUCUGCUGGUGCCAGUGUUGUCCUCACUCCUGCUGCUGCUAUGUCCGCUGCUGCUGCUGUCCUGACACCUGCUGCUGUCCACGACACUUGUAUGAGGCAGGGAAGAUGGCAAAGAGUGGGCCGCCUGCUCAGCUUCCUGUGUAUCCUUACUACAUUCCUGGUGUGCCUACUGUGGUUCCUCUUGCCCCUUCAUCCCAUGGGGACCCAAAGAUCGCCUCUAUUCCCUCAGUGGAGAAUAACCUGGCUGGAGUGCGCAGUGGUUAUCGACUGAAAGCCAGUCCAGACCAGGACUCAAUGAAAGUUCUGUGCUACAUAGAGAAGGAGCUGGCUCAGUUUCCCUCUGUCAAGAUGGCUGCACACAAACCCAGUAGCCUAUCAGAGCUGAGCUCUCUUCAUGAUGGAGGGAAUACAGACUUCAGACACACCUAUCAGACGGUCCAGAUGACGGCGCUCCCGCCCAUUGCAGACCUGGACGACCAGUCAGUGCUGAGAGCAGCUCCACCUACAAAGAGUCGAAGGCCCAGACGGGACAGAGGCAACUACUCAGACGAUGAGCUGGACAGAAGGUGGAACCCACGCUCAGAGCACCUACAGAGAAAGACGUUGAGCAGAAGAGGGCGCACCGGCUCCCUGGACGAGCUGGAGGAUUUCGCCCGGUCUUUCGGCUCACGUGGUCGUCGGGCAGAGCCUCCAGACCGGGCCUAUGAGCGGGAUUACAGCCCUCCCAGGCAUUUCUACAGAGAUGAAGAUGAUGGAUGGGGCCGCCGCAGCCCCUCACCUUUAUCCCAGAAGAGAAGGGGUACGUGGGACAGUGAUCGCCCCUGUCGACUGCCCCAAAGCAAAGGAUACGACGACGCCUUCCUCAGCAGUGUGCUGGAGAGCAAGGCGAGGGGGCGGGGAGGGGAUAGAGGUGCUGCUAGACUGGACGAAGACAGUGACACUCCCUCUAAAGGCAGCUCCAGAGGAAAGGGCAACGAUAGUUACUACAGCCGGUCGCCUAGCAACCGUCCAGAAGAGGAGGACCCUUUGCCUCCUUACUGUGAGUGGGAGGCGGAGCAGUACCGCAGGGCUGCCCCGACCACAGACCGGUACCGCACUGUAGAACCUCCCAGAUCAGACCGAUACAGGACCACUGAACCAGCCAUGAGGCCUUUCUCUUACACCCGCCCCCACCAGGGAAUGUCCCAAACACUACAGGGGGGCAGAGAGGAGAGAGAUAGGAGCCGAAACCUGAGCACUGCACUGAGCAGGGACUCUCUCAUAGUGUGACAAGGUUUCCCAGCCUCGACCCGCACAGAACUGCCAGUCCAUUCAUUUAAACCAUCCUGUUGCUACGCAGGAGAGGCUAACUGUUCUGCCAUCAGCCACAUGAAGUCUGGCUCGUCUCGCUGAAAUAACUGCACCGAAAAACAGCAGUAGUGGAUGGAAAACACUGAGAAAAGAAUGUGCAGUCGUUUCUGUCAGUAAAGGACGUUUUUCCUCGUGUGCAUGAAUUGUAUGUGGGUAUUUAUGCAUGUGUAGUCUACAGAUGUUAUGUAUGUGAUGUGUGCAUCAGUUUGACGAGUUGAGUGACUGGAUUUACUCAAACCGGUGCCAAGAUGUUUUUUUUAUUGUUAUCUGCCAAAUUCAGAAUAGUCUUUUAUAACACGAAGCAGGACGCCACAGUCUUGUGUUUCCCUACAGACUUCAUACUUCUCACUCAGUACACUGCAACUCAGGUUCACUUUGUAUUUGUGUGUUUGUUUGCUGUUGAUAUUGUACUGUAUGUAAGUACUGUACCUUGAAUUUGUUCCGCCGAUUACGAUUGCACUGCUUAAAUACUUUUUAAAUAAAAAAACUCUUAAGAAAGUC